AUGUCGAGCCCUCUAUCCAACACACCAGAGGAAGCUGCACCGUCUGAAGCUUCAGCUCCCUUGAACGACGAAGACACUUCAUCUGCCGGCUCUGCCAACCAAGACGCUACGCAGGAUUCUAAUUCCUUCGUCACGGUCGACGACAUUCUCGCAAUAGAGAAUGAAGUAGCCAUCACAUCUGGUUCUGAAGAAGAGCACAGUGAGGAAGGCCAAGCGGACGAAGAACAGAAUGAAGACGAGCACAGCGAAGACGAGGAAGAAGACGAAGAAGAAGAAGAAGACGAAGACGAACAAGUCGAAGAGUCAACCACUGAAUCCCCCAGCCGCCUCUCCUUCCCACUUCCUCUACCGCUCAUAGGUGAGACCGGCCGCGGCUUCGCCGACGCAGGCCAGGACAGAGACAUAGUCUACGACGUUGUGGGCGAGGUCUCAGACUACAUGCAAUUCCCGCUGGUGGUGGAAGUUGUCCCACACGCCGGCGAGGAGGGCACGUUCAUCCCUGUGCUUGAGGAGGACUUGUUGACUUCCGAGGAGUACUGGGGUCCACACGAUGGGGAUAGUGGUCUGGAGGCGGAGAGCAACAGUGGUGAUGAGCCGCGAGAGCGGUUUCCUGUGCCCAGUGUUGGACAAGAACUGGUUUGGGGAUGGUGGGCGACUAGUGAUGGGAGGUUGAUGAAGGGGUAUGGGCGUGUGGUGAACACUUGGGUGAAUGUGGUCAAGGCUUUUGUUUUUGCGUUUGCUUUGGAGCAUUUGUUUGGAGAGGAGGAUGACCAGCAGCUCUCUGAUAUUGAUGAGUUGCCGGAGGGCAGCCAGGAAGAGGAUCAGUAG